AGAAUACUUCCACUUUCAGUUGUGAAAGAAAAACCAGGAAGUCCCCGAGCACGUUAGAAAACCCAGCCAUGGCCUGACUCAGGACAGCUCAGAGCAGGGCAUAACUGGGGGUGCUCUGAGACAGCCUUCUGUCUGUAUGGAUGCUCUGAAGACACCCUGUCCCUGGAGGAGCCGGGGGUGAGGAAAGAGGAACAGAGUCUCAUGUGCCAGGAAGAACUUGGAACCAGGAAGCCCCGUUCUCUGGAAGCACCAAGAGAUGCGGCCCCUUCGCAGGGUCUGAAUUUCCUGCUGCUAUUCACAAAGAUGCUUUUUAUCUUUAAUUUUUUGUUUUCCCCACUUCCAACCCCGGCAUUGAUCUGCAUUCUGACUUUUGGAGCUGCCAUAUUCCUGUGGCUGAUCAACCGACCUCAGCCACUCUUAUCUCUUAUUGACCUGAACAAUCAGUCUGUGGGAAUUGAGGGAGGAGCACGGAAGGGUGUUUCCCAGAAGAAUGCUGACCUAAUACGUUACUACUUCUCAGAUGCCAAGACUAUGUAUGAAAUUUUCCAAAGAGGACUUGCUGUAUCUGACAAUGGGCCCUGCUUGGGGUAUAGAAAACCAAACCAGCCCUACAGAUGGCUGUCCUACAAACAGGUGUCUGAUCGAGCAGAGUACCUGGGCUCCUGUCUCUUGCAUAAAGGAUAUAAGCCAUCACCAGACCAAUUUGUUGGCAUCUUUGCUCAGAAUAGGCCAGAGUGGAUCAUCUCUGAGCUGGCUUGUUACACAUACUCCAUGGUAGCCGUUCCCCUGUAUGACACCUUGGGAGCAGAAGCCAUCAUAUAUAUUGUCAACAAAGCUGACAUCACCACAGUGAUCUGUGACACGCCCCAAAAGGCAUUGGUCUUGAUAGGAAAUGUAGAGAAGGGCCUCACCCCAGGCCUGAAGAUGGUCAUCCUUAUGGACACCUUUGAUGAUGAUCUGAGGCAAAGAGGGGAGCAGAGUGGAGUUGAGAUAUUAUCCCUGUUUGAUGCUGAGAAUCUAGGCAAAGAGAACUUCAGAAAACCUUUGCCUCCUAAUCCAGAAGACUUAAGCAUCAUCUGUUUCACCAGUGGGACCACAGGUGACCCCAAAGGAGCUAUGCUAACCCAUCAAAAUAUUGUUUCAAAUGCUGCUGCUUUCCUGAAAUGUGUGGAGCAUACUUUUGAGCCCACCCCUGAUGAUGUGACCAUAUCCUACCUCCCCUUGGCUCAUAUGUUUGAGAGGGUUGUACAGGCUGUUGUGUACUCCUGUGGAGCCAGAGUUGGGUUCUUCCAAGGAGAUAUUCGGUUGCUGCCUGAUGACAUGAAGACUCUGAAGCCCACAGUGUUUCCCACAGUGCCUCGGCUCCUUAACAGGGUCUAUGAUAAGGUACAAAAUGAAGCCAAGACACCCUUGAAGAAGUUCUUGUUGAACUUGGCUGUUUCCAGUAAAUAUAAGGAAGUGCAGAGGGGUAUCAUCAGGCGUGACAGUUUCUGGGACAAACUCAUCUUUGCAAAGAUCCAGGCCAGCCUGGGUGGGAAGGUUCGCUUCAUGGUCACUGGAGCUGCUCCCAUUUCCACUCCAGUCUUGACGUUCCUCCGAGCAGCAAUGGGAUGUCAGGUGUAUGAAGCUUAUGGUCAAACAGAAUGCACAGCUGGCUGUACAAUUACAUCUCCUGGGGACUGGACAACAGGCCAUGUUGGAGCCCCUCUGGCUUGCAAUUAUGUGAAGCUGGAAGAUGUGGCUGACAUGAACUACUUUUCAGCAAACAAUGAAGGAGAGAUCUGCAUCAAAGGCACCAAUGUGUUUAAAGGAUACCUGAAGGACCCUGAGAAGACACAGGAAGCCCUGGACAGUGAUGGCUGGCUUCACACAGGAGAUAUUGGCCGCUGGCUUCCAAAUGGAACUUUGAAGAUCAUUGACCGUAAAAAGAACAUUUUCAAGCUGGCCCAAGGAGAAUACAUUGCUCCAGAGAAGAUAGAAAAUAUCUACAUCAGAAGUAGACCAGUGUUACAAAUAUUUGUACAUGGGGAGAGCUUACGGUCAUCCUUAGUAGGAGUGGUGGUUCCUGACCCAGAUGCGCUUCCCGCGUUUACAACCAAGCUUGGGGUUAAGGGCUCCCUUGAAGAAUUGUGCCAAAAUCAACUUGUAAAGGAAGCCAUUUUAGAAGACUUGCAGAAAAUUGGGAAAGAAGGUGGCCUUAAAUCCUUUGAACAGGUAAAAAACAUCUUUCUUCAUCCAGAGCCAUUUUCCAUUGAAAAUGGGCUUUUGACACCAACACUGAAAGCAAAGCGAGGAGAGCUUUCCAAAUACUUUCGGACCCAAAUUGACAACCUGUAUGAGAACAUCCAGGAGUAGGUUCAGGUACUUAAGACUGGAAGGGGCACUCCACACUGCUUGAGAGGAAAUGGAUUAAAAACUAUUCUUGCAUU